AUGCGGUCGAGGUCAGCAUGCGGUGCAGUCGAUAGCGGUAACGUACGGUGUGGUAGCGUUAUCGAUGAUGCUAUAGCAGACCGAUCCAUCCAGAUCAGUCUAUCAGACUCGACGGAACUUGCUUCUACCUCAGAUCCACCUCCGGGUUUCGAGAAAGCUAACAGCAAAGCCAAGAGGGUCAAAAAGAAAGUCACCAGUGGUAUUCACAUGCCUAUGCCUUUCAAAAAGCACCUCUCUAAGAUGAAGAAGGGUAAGAAAUCAGUAUCUAGUCUAUCCCCUAACUGGGGCAUUAUUUACCCAGAUGAAAACUUUGAUCUCUCUUCUUUAGACCUUCCCUUCUCCCCUCAAGAAAUCUUAGAGGCAGUUUUUGGACUUCACCCUGACAAAUCCCCUGGGCCUGAUGGAUUCCCCAUCCUCUUCUUCCAGAAAUUUUGGCAUAUCGUUCAAGCGGAUGUAAUUGAUUUUAUUCAAAGAUUAUAUUCUCAACCUCAUCUAUUACACAAUAUCAAUUUCUCACAUAUUUGCCUUAUCCCCAAGAAGGAGGGUGCCCUCUCACCUAAGGACUUUCGGCCUAUUAGUCUCAUUAAUAGUUCUUGUAAGAUUUUCUCUAAGAUCCUGGCAAACAGACUCAGAAAAGUUCUUCACCUCCUUAUUGACAAUUCCCAAUCAGCCUUUCAAUCUGGUAAAUCAUCUUUAGACUCCUUUCUUCUUGGUCAUGAGAUGAUUAAUUUCUGCUCCUCGGGGAAAAAGGAGAUUUGCGCCUUUAAGGUUGAUUUUUAUAAGGCUUUCGAUUGUGUCAAUUGGUCCUUCCUUCAGUCUCUUCUAAAAGCCAGGGGUUUUGGUCCCAAGUGGUGUCUUUGGAUCCACACCAUCCUAUCCUCUUCUAAAUCAGCUGUUUUAGUAAAUGGCUCCCCAACCAAAUUUUUCCGAUGCUUUAGGGGCCUCAAACAAGGCGAUCCUCUAUCCCCACUGCUCUUCUUGCUGGUGGCAAAUGUUCUCAGCAAAUUGCUCAAAUGUAGUGCUCAAUCGGGGGAUUUAUCUGAAUUAAACCUGAAAGGGCAGCUAAAUAAUAUCAGGUCUAUCCAGUUUGCGGAUGAUACCAUUAUUUUCUCUAGGGCUACCCCCUCUGACAUGUGGCUUAUAAAGGCCAUAGACAAAAUCAGAAGGAACUUCCUAUGGAAUGGUAGCCUCUCUCAUUCGAGUAUUAAAUGCUUAAUUAGUUGGAGGAAAGUUUGCAAGUCUAAAUCUGAAGGAGGCCUGGGGGUCCUUGACAUUGAAACUUUUAACAGAGCCCUCCUAUCUAAAUGGUUGUGGAGACUCUUUGAAAGAGAGUCCCUCAUUAGUAAAGUGGUUUUCUCUGUCUACUCCAAAGACGGUUCAAAUCCUUUUGCUCAUCUCCCAAAGUGCUCGGCAUCAAGGUUCAUUCUUGACUUAUCCUCCAUUAGCUCCACUUUUUUCAGCUUGGUUAAAUGGAGAACUGGGGAUGGCAAAACUGGAAGUUUUUGGCACGACAAAUGGUCUGGGACAAACUCCCUUAGCAGCUUAUUUCCAAAAGCUUACCAGUUAGCCCUAUCUCAGUCCUGCAGUAUCAGAUCUCAGGGCAGAAUGAUCAAUCUUUCAUGGAACUGGUACCCCCUUAUCAGAAGAGGUAUAUCGCCUUCAGAAAGGUCUGAUCAAAACCUUCUCCUCACUCAUUUAACUUCUUCAAAUAUCAAUAUUUCUUCUACUUCAGAUGAGCUUUUGUGGACCCUUCUCCCAUCGGGGAUUUACUCUGUUAAAUCAUUCUACUCCCUUGUCAACUCAGGGGGUAUUAAAUCUAAGUUUUAUAGCAUGAUUUGGAGAUCUUCCAUCCCAAAUAAGGUAAAAGUUCUUUUCUGGAUCAUCACAAAUAAGAAGUUAAACACGAAGGGAAAUUUGAUUAUUAAGGGCUGGACAUGUGACCCAAGAUGCUCCUUUUGUUUAUCUAUUGUUGAAACUCACGAUCAUCUGUUUACCAAAUGCCCAUUUGCACGAGCUAUCUGGUCAUACAUCUUCCCCUCUAUUCCCACAAACAGUUGGCCUCAGACGGUUGAGGAAUUGAUAUUUUUUCAUAAAUCCACCUUUCUUAGCAAGGAUGCUAAACUCAUCUGGAAGAUAUUGUUGCCCUGUACUUGCUGGUGGAUUUGGUUUAGUAGAAAUGCUCUCAUUUUCAAGGAUGAACAACCUGAUCCUCUACUUAUUGCUUCUAACAUAGGGAGAUACUCUAUAUUCUGGACAGGUGCUGCGGAUGAGAGGCUGGAAAGGAGACUUCGCAGGGCUGCCCUAAGCACUGGACUUUAG